UUUAUUCGAACAGUGAAAUGGUCAAGUUAUUUCAAUGCAAUCGCAUGUUGUACUAUUAACUCCGACAGUAAUUUUAUAUAAAAUGAGUGUUCCUAACGUGGAAAAGGAAAAGAAAGCAUUUCAAGAUGUUCUCCCAGAAUUUAUUGACUCCGUGGUAACUACGACUAAGAUAAAAGAGCUGCCUGAAGUCGCAACAUGGUUGAAACAGGUCCUAAAUUACGUGUUACCAGGCGGUAAACUGAGCAGAGGGUUAAUUACGUCCGUGGGAUACAAAAUGUUUGAGGAGCCUGAAUAUUUCUCAGAAAGCACACAGCACGAUGCUCACAUUCUAGGCUGGUGUAUACAAAUGAUGCACGCAGUAUUUUUUGUAUUAGAUGACAUCGCGGAUGGCGGGACAAUGCGCCACAAUAAGACAUGUUGGCACUUGCAAAGAAGUGUCGGCGUGUACGCUGUCAACGACGCGCUGAUGAUACAGCAAGCUAUGAUGGACAUGUUGAAAAUUCACUUUGGGAAAUUGCCAAUCUACAAUGACUUAAUUAGUUAUUUUAACGAGGCAAUGUACCGAGCCACAAUGGGCGAGCACUUGGAUCUAAGUUCAAACUAUAACAAGCACACUGACAAUAUAGAAAUAUUCAAUAUGGGUCGGCUCCAUGACACCGCCGUCAACAAGACAGGCUGUUAUUCCUUCAAGUUGCCAGUAUUUGCUGCACUGCUUCUAGUAAAGAAUGGACGACAACUAGCUACCACAGAAUUAAAUGAGCUGUGCUAUGGAAUUGGAAGACUAAUGCAAGUUCAGGAUGAUUAUCUGGACGUAUACGGUACCGAAACGAUCACAGGGAAAAAUAGAAGAGAUAUCCAAGAAGGAAAAGCCACCUGGUUGUCAGCGACAGCGCUGCAGCUCUGUAACUCAGCUCAACUUUCGAUCUUCAAAGAAUACUACGGCAGCGAUGACUUGGAACAUGUGCAGCGCAUCAAGCAGCUUUAUGAUGAACUGAACCUACGUCAUGUGUAUGAACAAUAUGAGCUCAAAAUGUAUGACGAUCUGCUGCAUCAAAUUAAUGAAUUGCCGCAUGAACGGGGGAGGAAGUUACUCACAGGAAUAUUAAAUUCAUGCUUCAAACGUGUUAAGUGAUUAAAGUUUUGUAAAGUGUCCCAAA